GCGAAAAGAAAAAGCUUGGUGGGCUUCCGCUACGCGUUCGCUACCGCCGUUGCGCCGCCUCGAUGGAUUAGGUCGUCGUCCUUGGAUACUUCUCCCUGGCUCCGCUUCCUUGGACGGGCGCCGCACCAUGGCCGGUGAAAGUCCGCCGCCGCUCCCUCCGAUCCCUCCCUCCGCUCAAUCAGCAGCCCCUCCCUCCCUCCGCUCCACUUCUCCCACCAUGGCCAAGCUCACGCCGUCCCUUCAGCAGCAGAUCGGAGAGGAGGUCCCGGCGGCCGGCGAUGUUCUUGGGGAUCCUCAACUGCAGGUCGGUGGGGAGCCAAAGAUUUCCAGCGAAAUUCAUGGGAAGCUGCCGAAGAAGAUCCGCAAGAAGGCGCAUAUAAAGCUUAAGGUAGCUAGAUGCCGCAAUGAGCUGCAACAGUACGUUGAAGAAGGAUUUCAUCCUUGUACACCAGAUUUCAACAUCCUUAAGUGGUGGGAUGUGAACUCGGAAAGGUAUCCAAUCCUUGGCAACAUGGCUCGUGAUGUGCUAGCUGUACCAGCUUCAACGGUUGCCUCAGAAUCUGCGUUCAGCGCAUGUGGGAGAGUAAUUACAGAUCACAGAAGUAGCCUAGCACCUGAAACUGUUGAGGCAUUGAUGUGUUAUGGUGAUUGGAUUAGAUCUCGCAAACCUACAAAUGCUGGACAGGAAAACCGCUGUGAAGAACAAAGAGUGGUGGAUCAUCUUGUCUCGUUGUAG